CCUCCGCCUCCGCCACCGCCACCACCGGGGUCGGCCUCCGGGUCCGGAACGCUACUCGAGUUCGCAGGCGGAACCAGCUUUGGCUCCGAUCCCGCCGCGUUCGCCGGGCCCUCGGGCGCCUAUGAGGAAAGUGUCCUGUGAGGUUGGUGGAAGCGCGCGGUGUCUCCCGCUCCUCGAGGCGGGCUGAGGAUUCCCAAUCUUGGGUGCCUGUGGGCCCUAUCGCCCCGAGCUUCAGAUCUCGCUUGGGUGAACACGGGCCGACACCCUGAUCAAGAGCACCUCAUCCCUGUAUCUGUGCUGCAGGGAGAACGAUCGGGUGGCCCGUAGAGCCAACGGCUUAGGAGUCUGGCACCCGGCUUUCUGACAAGCAAGGGGGAAGCCCUAGCAUCGGGAGAGAGAGAGAGAGAUCAUUCGGCUGCUCUGCUCCUCAUCUGGGUUUCUUGGUGGGUUUGGCUUCUUCCCACUCUCCCUAGGAGAUUCAGGGACUGUCUUCCCGCCACUUGAGUGUGUCCAGAAAGUUUUAAAAACAUGGUUCGUGCCAGGCGGGGACCUCAAUAGGCUUCGGAGGGAUGGAGUUGCAAACAGGAAAAGCUUGUGUUCUGUCGACUGUGGGUGUUUUUUCCAUCUUUUGUAAGGCCUGAAGACCGGGGAGGAGUUGAAAAAGCAAGAUACCAAAUGGGUAGCCAGAUUGCAGAUGCUGACUAGAUCCCAGGGGAGUUGGAAGCCUUAUUCUUUGAAAAUCCUUACUCCAACCCCUAAACACAGGUCUGUCGAGCACUGGCUACAAGGUGGGUUUGUUAUUGGUAUCCCCUCUAAGCUUGUUGGUUCUCUAGUAGCUGCAGGAGGCACACAUGGACAUCUUCGGAGUGCCUGGUGUGGGCAGACUAGUUCCCUAGCAGCGCUCUCCCUGGAGCAGGUGACUGCUCCCUGUGCUCAGCCUUUCACGGCACUGGGGUGGGUCCAGGAAACUCAGCUUCUAAUAAGGGCCCUACAUCUUCUGCAAGCCUAACUCUGCUUCUGUAAUCACCCUACACUAGAAGCAGGUAGUGUUUCUGCCACGGGUGGGUCCGUGGCCUACAGAGGGAUUGGUGACUUGCACAGUGGUACUCCACAUAAGGCAUCACGUGGACCUGAGCUCACAGCGCCUUACUAUGCAAGGCCCUUGCACAGUGCAUAGCUAUCUCUCCAAUCUGGACUACUGGCAUCUGAGGUGUGGCUCGCACAAGCCCCUCCCACCCUCCAUGAAUUCUGGGCCAGUGUGACUGAGGGCUAAAGAAGUGAGAUCUCCAGCUGCAUUCCCCUUUAGACCUAGAUCCUUUGUUGUAGUGUAGAGACACCCAAGAGCUAACAGGCAGACUGCUAGGUGCUGGGUGGGUAGUCCAUGGGUGGGAGGAGAGCUGGGGUGGUGAUGGUCAGAACUUACCUGGCCAGCUGAGGUAGAGUGGGAAGGCAAGGGUCCUGAUUGCUCAGCAGUGGCCUCUGUCCCAUUUUUUAUGCUCCUUCCUUGUCUUCUGGGACAUGAAUUUCAGAAAAAGCCAGGGCAGGGUGGGCUGGGAGGGCACCAUUCUCAUCCCUCCUGGUCCCCAGCGGUUUCCACCCUGCCCCUCUGCUAUGGGCAGGAGGACCUACCUAGUUUUAAUAAAGAUGGAGAAAUAAGCUUUGGAACUGGACUCUGCUUUUUGCUCUACCUUGGUGUCCAUCAGGGAUGCUCACUCUGCAAGACCCAUCUCCUUUCUGACUUUUUUCCCUUCUAAGAAACCAGAAUCGAUUCUUGCAUGGCACAUCAUGCAUUUGGCCAGUGCCCACCAUGUCUUGCUGGGAUGUCUCCUGCUGCCAUGAAUUUGAAACAACACACAUGGGACACCACAGGGAUUAAUUUGGCUAACCUUUAAGAGGUCUCCCUUUUCUGUGUGCAAGACCCAUGCCUUGACCUUCUCUCAGGGUCUCCCUUGCUAUGGUGUUUACCUACUCAAUCCACAAAGGCAUGACCACCCCCAGAGUUCCCAAGGAUUCCCUUUAAGUUGGCUUUUCUUAUUCAGUCUCUGUCAUAGGAUCUUUUCCCAGUGGGCUUGAAAAAUAUGCAGAUAUGAUUUGAGUCAUUGGAAUAAAGGAAACUAGUGUCUCCAUUAAAACAAGAAGCAGGCUGGGCAAGGGAGGUUGCUCAGUGGGUACAAGCGCUUGCCCAGUAUUCAACUUUUCAACCCUACAACUCCAUAAACCAGGCAUGGUUGGUAUAUGCUUGUCAUCCCAGCAUUGGGGAGGUGGAGCCAGGAGGAUCAGGAGUUCACGGUCACUUUCAGCUCCACGAGUUUGAGGCCAGCCUAGACUACACAGAUACUGUACCUCAAGCAAAAAAAUACCCCAGACUUAUAGGAAGUAGAUGCUUCAAAAGACAUAAAAUGGAUAACUAUCAGGUCUUAACCUACUGAGAAAGGUCAAACAGGUCCUUGCUAAAGCUCCCCAUUGAUGUGCAGCUGGAGUUAUGUUGUGGGGUAGGAAAUGUGACCAACCAAAGGUGACAUCUGGAGGGUCAUUAUGCCUGUACAUCCUCUCCCUCUACAUACCUCUUUUCAUUUUUCUUGCACCUCUGUUUUCUCAGCCUUUAUAAGUUUUUUUUUUACUUGAUUUCUUCAGAUACUGUACUCUCUCUCGUCUUCCCUCCUUCCUCCCUUUAAUUGGUUGCUUAUGUAAUAAAGUGGUUUUAAAGUUUUAGUUAUA